AUUAACGCUAGCUUAGUUAUCAAACAAUGUUACACUAAUAAAAAUUAGUUUUACAAAAUAACAACUUCAUAAUGCUAUAUUUAAAAUUUUAUAAUUAUACUUUUUUUAAUUAUUUAUGUAAAAAAAAUCAAUAUUAUAAGUGUUUGUGAUUUAAUUGUUACCAGUAACAUACUGUAUAAUACAUGCAUGUGUCCGUGUGUAAUAUCCACACCGCUAUGGCUGCCGAAUUGUAUGUUAAGAAACAUGAUAGUGUCGACUUAUCGUCUCGACAUCAAUCGUCUAUUGUCCGUUGGCAGACAGACAAAAUUCAGCAGCCUGUUAACGGGUCCAGUUUACCGGUUAAUCCGAGAGCAAUGGAACUUGAUAAUUUGAGUAAUUUAAACGACACAAGGAAAAAUAUUCAUCAAAAAGCAUUCAAAAAAACAGAAAAUUAUUCAAAGAAGUUAGAAUCAUUUAACGGAAAUGAUCAGUCAUUUAAAAAUGAAGAAUAUUCAUGGUGGUACAUACUUUGCUUAAAAUGUCGAAAAAAAGAAGUGGGUCCUGGCUGGGAACCAAAGACGUGGUCAAGAGGUUGUCCAUAUCCAUUUUGUCCUUCAUAUAGACAUGUAGCUCGAGUUUUAGCAUUACUCAUAACUGGGGCGCUUAUCUGGGGCGUUUUGUUGGUAAUAAUAGGCGUAGAUGCCCGACCCGGCGGUCAACUAUUUAAUAUCGCACUUUUGGUGAUAAUCGCCUACUUAGUAGGAUGGAUAUUUCGCAUGUUAACAUUACCUGGUUUAAUCGGAAUGCUCAUGGUGGGCAUGAUUUUUCAAAACUUUGGACUGAUCCAUGUGCAUGAUCCAUAUACUAAGGUUGUAUCAACUUUGCGAAAAAUUGCACUGGUGGUAAUUUUAACAAGAGCUGGUUUAGAUUUGGAUUCGAAAGUUCUAAAAAAAAUGUAUUUUAGAGCACUAAUAUUAGGUUUAGUGCCUUGGUUCGUGGAGGCUGCUGUGAUUGCAAUUACGGUUAACAUCCUACUACAUUUACCAUGGGGAUGGGCCAUUCUUUGCGGGUCGAUUAUUGCAGCGGUUGCACCUGCAGUAGUAGUUCCAUGUCUAUUUCGUCUCAGGUCAAAAGGAUAUGGAGUAGCUAAAGGAAUUCCUACACUGAUAAUCGCUGUAGCCGGCAUUGAUGACGCAGCUUCAGUUGUGGUAUUUGGAGUAAUUAAUACUCUUCUGUACACUACAUCACCAAAUAUGUCCAUUGAUUUAAUUUUAAGUCCAAUGUCUAUAAUAAUUGGCAUAUUAUAUGGUAUUGUAUGGGGUUUCAUCGUUAAGUAUAUACCUGAACGUAGUGAUCCGUAUGUUGUCCCAUUGAGGAUACUAAUGCUCAGUGGAGGUGGAUUAUUAGCUGUCUUUGGUAGUGAAAACAGAUUCUUUGAGGGAGCUGGACCAUUAGCAGUAAUUUCAGCAGCAUUUACAUCAAUAUAUUUUUGGACUAAUCAAGGAUGGAACAUAGAAGACAAUGCAGUGGCGACAGCUUUUGAAAUAUUUUGGAUGAUUUUCGAGCCAAUUCUAUUUGGAUUGACUGGUACCCAAAUUGUGGUCAAUAAUUUAAACAUGAAAUUUGUGAUAAUAGUUGUUUCGUGCGUAGCGGUUGCUAUUGUGGCUAGAAUUAUUACAACCAUAUUAGUAGCUACAGGAAGCUCAUUGAAUUUCAAAGAAAAGCUCUUUAUUUCUUUAUCUUGGAUGGCCAAGGCUUCUGUACAAGCUGCUUUAGCACCAGCUGUGUUAGAAAUGGCAAAAGAAGAUGGAAAUCUAGAGAACGUUAAGUUUGCUCAAACUAUUGUUAUGAUUUGUAUAUUAGCUAUCUUGUUAACAGCUCCUACAGGCGCUCUAUUAAUUACUCUGACUGGAACUCGAUUGUUGACUAAAACCAAAAACUUCCCUCCAAAAGGUCAGUGGCGACCAGGUCCUAGGCGAUCUAUUCGAGAUAUAACAAUUAACGACAAGAAAGAUGACGAAACCAGCAAAGAAGUGAAUACAAUUGAAGAAGAAAAUACCUAUGACGAUAAAAAAAUUACAGAUACAAACAAAACGUCAGAAAUACAAGUCGAAAAAGUUUAAACAAUUUCUACAAAGUGAAUUAUUUUGAGUAGAAAUGAAAAAUAAUUAUGCAAGAGUGGUUAACAGUUUGUAUUAAUAGUUACCCAAUUUAUGUGAUUUAACGGAAAUGUAAACACCAAAAAAAUUAAUUUUACACAUUAAAACUGUUAGUAAAUAUUGCUAUACAGUUAAGGAAGUAAGUUUCUUUAUCUAAAUUUACUCUUAGAUUUCUUUUAUGUAGAGUAAAAUUAUUUGAAAUAUUUAGUAAUAUAUAAUCAUUUAAUACUAAAUUCAUUAACCUUAGGUUAUUUUAUCAUUUCAUGACUGUAUCGUUAAAUUCUAUAAUAUAAUGUAAAAUUUUGUUCAAUUGAAAUUAUCUUCAUAUUAACUAACGAUAUUAUAUAUAAGAUGGUCCAGUAAUAAGUAAACUUUCAUUUAGAUUGUACAUUUAUAUUAUGUAAUAUUUUUAAAAUUUAUGUAUUAUAAUUUAUUUAUCCCACCACCACUCUCUCUUAAAAUAAAUCAUAGUUUGUAUUAAUAUUUUUACAAUUAUAAAUAAUGAACAUUAAUUUUAUCUAUAAAUUUUAAAUAUACAUUGUUUUGAAUAUUUCCAAAACUCUAUAAAUGUGUUUUAAAGUAUUUAGAGUUUGGGUAUUUAUUUCAGGUGGUAUUUUCAAUACCUUCUUCAAGCAGCAUUUAAAUUAUUAUAAAAAUGCA